GCAAUCCGACCGACCAACUGUUCUAACUCGUGAAGACGAUUGCAAUAAAAAUGCUGCACAAAAACAGAAUGAUUUAGCGAAAGGCAAACAACUCAAUCCAAGACGAAAUCAAGCCAUCAAAAUAGCGCCAGACAGUAACCUCGUGGUGGUGGAAACUGUGCACAGUGAAAAAUCGAACCGAACCGUGGCAGCCGCAUCGCCAUCCGACGUCCCAACCCAACGAAAGGCAACCACCCGCACUCCGAACGGAGGCGGCAGCACUUUGGCAAGGAUUCGUCCAUGCAGUGAGCCUGCCAAGAAGGGCAGCUCGGCCUCGGUCUCAGCUUCAGUCAAUACCCGGUGCUGUUCCGGCGUCGGUGGGUGUACCAAGUGUUGCUGCUGCUGCUGUUGUGGUGGGUGUUGUGACGGCAACAAACGGCAACGACAACAACCGCAACAGCUGCAACGGCGGAGCAGCGAUCCCCCGGGCUGCCGGCAGAAGCAACAACAGCAGCGUUCCGCGUCAUCUUCGUCCUUUGGUGCGGUGGUUGCAACCGGCACAGUCGGUGGCAGUGGUGGUGGUAGUGGUGGCGGCACCCGUAGAGCUUGCUGUGGACUUGGCGCUGGAGGGGGUCUACAGCGGAGGACUCGCAGCGGCAGCGGUACCGGCGCGGGUACUAUGGAGACAACCCAUCUGGUGACGGAGUUCAUUACGCACACCGGAGCCAACACGCAGGACGCCGUCAGCUGUCUGAAGUCGUGGGAGUGGGAUCUCAAGAAGGCGCUAAUCGACUAUAAUGACACAUCAACGACCGAGUAUUUCAACAGCAAGAAAAUUGACAAUGAGAUAUUAAUGAAAGCACAACCACCACCCAGUGCAUCGUCUCCUUCACAAUAUCCCGCUAUCCCGUCAUCAUCACUGGCAACAGCAACAACGGCAGCAGCUGCUGCUGCUGCGUCCCAGCAGCAACCCAUAGUGAGGCUGCAGCAGUCCUCGUCAUCCGCUAGUUGUCCAUCAUCGUAUAGCAAUCAGGUGCAUCACCAGCACCGUAGUAGUGCGCCCAGUAGCCACAAUAGUAGCGCUAGUCACCAUCACCCUCAGCACCCGGUGGUUGGGCCACGAUCCAGCACGGCCAGUGCCGCCAGCAGCAGCAGCGGAGGUGGUACCGAUUGCGUGCCAUCCUCCCUGACACAACACCAUCCGCACUACAAUAACCAUCAACACUUACCCCCGCUGCUAGCAUCUGCAAAGAACGGUCUGGAGCAACAGCAGCAGCAUCAGCACCACACUUACCGCAGCAGUAUCAACAGCGGUCACAUCAAUGGGACAGUAACGUCGAGUUUGCUGAAACCGAUGCUCACCAAAACCGACUCGAUAGAUAUUUUUGACUGCAAAAAGCUCGAACGAGGCAUUUCGCGUGCUACGGAAAAUGUGAACCUGGUGUCCCGGGCCCGGCAAGAGUUCGCGAUGGACUUCCACACCCAGUGCCACGAACAGAACGAGAAAAAUCUCAACUUUAUCGACACACCGGACUACACUUUUACGCUACCCGAUCUGACCAAGUACACGGAGGAGUUCCGGAAAUUUCUCGAAAAGGAUCUGAUUGACACGUCGACGCUCAACUCCCUGGAGGCCACCAAUCGGCUAAACUGGUGGUACGAAUCAGGCGUCUGUCGCAAGCUAUGGCCCCUAACUACGGCAGGUGACGGCAACUGUUUGCUGCACGCCGCAUCCCUAGCGAUGUGGGGUUUCCAUGACCGGCGGCUAACGUUGCGCCGCGCCCUGCACGACAUCCUCUCGAAGGAGGACUUCCGGGAUGCUCUCUAUCGGCGCUGGCGCUUCCAGCAAACCCGCGUCAACAAGCAGGCCGGUUUUGUGUUCUGCGAAACCGAGUGGGCCAAGGAGUGGGAGGAGAUUGUGGCGAUUGCGUCACCCGAGCCGCGAAGGAAUUCCAAGAGCGUUUCGCGGCGCAGAUCGCUGCUGAUGGAGAAGAGUUUCGACGGCGCCUCGAUGGGUGGCGACGAUGAGAAUGCGACGUACGAGAGCUUGGAGGAAAUCCACGUGCUCGCGUUGGCGCAUAUUCUGAGACGGACGAUCAUAGUGGUGUCGGAUGUGUUCUUGCGGGAUAUGAAUGGGGAGGCGUUCAGUCCGAUCCCGUUUGGUGGGGUUUAUCUACCGUACGAGGUCCCGUCGAACGAGUGCCAUAGGACACCGUUACUGUUGGCGUACGAUAUGGCGCACUUUUCGGCACUGGUGGCCAUGGAAACGGCCGGGGACUACCCACCGGCGUUUAUUCCGCUAGUGGACGCGAGUAAUCAACUGUUACCGAUUCAGUUUUGUAUCGACCCGGGAGUGGAUUUUGACUGGCGCGAGUACGAUGGAAGCGACGGUAACUGGGUGUUGACAGACCGGGAGCAUGUGACGUUAUUGAAAGAAUAUCUGGAAAUUGUGUACGCGCCGACGGCGGAUAGUCCGGAUGAUGAUAUCUACGACGACUACUCAGACGAAGAGUACGAAAAGAAGAUUGCUGACGGGGAGAUUGUGUUUUCUGAUGAGAACCAUAACAACGGAACCAGUAAUCCGAAUUUGGCGGCAAUGACGGCAUCGAACCAGUCUCUUCCUCCGUAUCAAUCGGGUGCGAGUGGAGGUUCCAGCGGGAAAAGCAAAGCGGCAAAACAGCUGCAGAGUGUUGCGAAGCAGUUCGGAAGUAUUGGUAAAAGUGUGAGUAAGAAGCUCAAGAAGAACAUUGGAUCGAUUACAAGAAUUGGAAGUAGGAGUGGUCAGCAUAAGAAAUCAAGCAUUUCAUCUGAUAAGUCGGUGAGAGGAGAUUUCCCCAAGUUCCGGAUUUUGUGUGCGACAUUAAAAGCUCGGAGGCACGAAUACCAAGAAGAAAUGAUAAAAAACUAUUUGGAGUGUGCUCAAGAGCGGUAUUUGGAGAUGGAGCGGGCCCGAGAACGGAAAGAAUUGGAGAAAUACAGCAAAUACGUAGAUUCCGGUCACGAUGUAUGCGAUUACGCAACGGACAACGGAACGGACAUGAUGAACUGCAUCAAUGCAGGUUGUCUCAAGUACGGAACAGUAGACACCAGCUACAUGUGCUUGGAUUGCUACGAAACUCAACGGAAGCGAGAAUCUCAAUCCUGUAACCCGAACGAUUUUACGCCCCGCUACGGCACAGGGAAAUCCAAGUUCUAUGCUCAAGCAGACAUGGAAAGCCAUGAUCGUAUCCAGCGGUUACCUUCAAUGCGGCCACUAAAUGAGCUGGAUCAAACCCUGUACCUAUCGCGGUCCACCUUCUACAAUGACAAACGAGCAAUCGGAAAUAGCGCGGCGAUACCAUCUUCCAACUACCGGCACGGAUUCAGUCCUACUGAGCGUUCAGUCCCACCAAAACCAAACGCCAGCAACAGCAGCAGCAGCCACUCGCCGGACUACUCCAACUGUGCCAAACAAGCGACGGCCAUGUCGGGCGGAAUCGUCGCUACGGUUUACUCGCCCGGCAACACGAUCCUGAACCGGACAUCGCAACUACCGCCGCCGCCGCCUCCGCAACCGGCCGGAAUGUGCGUUUCGCUUCCGCCACCAGUGGCCAGCCCGGUUCCGCAACACCAUCCAUCGACGUCGACGCCCACGUCCUCCGGAAUGUCAUCGUCGUCGUCGUCCGGUUCCAAUGCGUCGGAUUCGGCGCUGCGGCAGCAGCAGCAACAGCAGCAGCCUUCCGGUGUGAUAAACAGUAGUCAUUAUGGGAUAAAUCAAAAGUGCCGAACGGAGGGAUGCAGGUAUUACGGUAGCAUCAACACGAACUUCUACUGUUCCAAGUGCUGCCAGGAGUACAACAUCUGAGCGAAAAGGCAACGCCACGCUAGGACGACAACCGUGUAAAUAGUGAUGUGCAGAAUCUGCGAUUGUUAGGCAAAGGCAAAUCGAGUGAGAACGAUAGGCGGUGAUAGAGAGAACGAGAGAUUGAAAGACGUACACACAUAUCGAGAGCAGAAUGCAAAAACAUACACAAAAACAAAAAUAACGAAAACGCUUUAACGCUUGAUAUGAUGAGAAUCGAAAAUAAAUCAUGAAGCAGUGGAAUCGGUAUACCAAAAAACAAAACAAAUAAUUAAAGAUGCUAAAUUUAAAAACAUUCAUCUUCGGAAACAUUUAUAAUGUCAUUCGAUUUGUGAAGUAAAAAGGGAAACAGAGAAAACGAAAUGCAGUUAAAAAAAAGUUUAUGAGCCAAAAUGAUGAGAGAGAAGAAGAAUAAAUCGUGAAACAAUUAUGAUUUUUAAGUGUGCCUUUUAGUUUUUAGUUUUUCAUGUAAAGUAGUGACAGUAGCGUAAGUUAUAUUGGCAAAUGCGAAAUGAUCGGAUUAUAUAUUACAUGUUCAAAAAAACUCACACAAUGCCAAAAAUAAAAGAUUUGAGGUGAGAUGACGUAACCCUUUAAUAUUUGAUUUCAUUUGCAUUUUUUCCCCUAAUUUUCGUACUUUUACUAAAGAGUAUUAAUCAAAGCCAAAAAUACACUAAAUUCUUGCAUUCUCGAUUUGUACUUAUAAGGGCACCACAGUAAAGCUAAUAAUUUCAUCCUAGUAUAAGCUUUGUACGGUCUGAUGAAAAAUACCAAAAUCGCCUUAGAUUUCAAAUAUCUUAGUUGGAGUUAAUCGUAACUGAAGCUCUUAUGUUCCUUUUUCAUCUGUUCAAGUUCACAAUUAUUUUAACUUUCACCUUAUAUUUCGAUUUUUUAAUAAUAUAAAUGUAUGAUUUUGAAUCUAUUUAUUUUUAUUUGUCCCUUACAAAGUGAGAUUUAUGGAUAAUUAUCGCCAUUUGUCAUUUUAAUUCAUUUAAUUAUUUGUUCAUGCCAGAUAGGCCCCAAAAAGGAACGGACCUCCUGCUUACCAACUUAGUUUUGGAAAUAAAAAAAAAUGAAAUUUUCACUACAAUUGCUCUACACGUGUUGACAUUUUGAAUCCUGUUUCGUUUUGGUAUUUUUUCACCAUUGUGUAAAGGAGUCGGAAAAAAAAAGUUUGUUUCCAUAGAAGCUCUGCAACAACAUCACAAUCGCAUACGCCCAUAAACAUUAAUCGAGUUUUAGAAUUAACAUCAUCAGGAGAAAUUAGUUCCAAACUUCAUCUUCCCCAAGUCAACCAACAGGAAUAAUAAAUUACUGAUUGAACAGUAGAUAUGAAGAGGAAAUAAAGUAUUUUUUUUUCAGACUCAUAGUCACCCACAGACAGAAGUACACCCAGAGUUAGUUAUAACUAACAGUGAAGAAGUUCUAUUUAAGCUUAUAUUAUUACCAUCUGAACAGUGCAAGUGAAAGAUCGAUGAAUGAGACCCAGUUGUUGAGACUCCUUGUACAAUAAAUAGUAUAUCAGCAUAUUUUUUGAAACCGUAAUUCUCAACCUCAAACCUACCACAUCACAGUCAUAUACAGAAAACUCUACUCUCGUAGCCACAAUAACGAAAUAAUAAUAAUACUAACAGGAGAUACAGUCUGGAUAGAGAGAAAGUGGAUAGUGCGUAAAUUAGAACGAGAAAUGUUUAGCGAUGAAGAUGCGAAACCGUGAAAAUAAAACAAACGUGAAUUAUACAUGAAUUCUCUCAAUGAAAACAAAACAAAAGGAAAACACAUAUAUAUUAUAUAUUUAUUCGUAUUCGAGAGAGGAACCAAAAUGACACGAAGAAGAAACACGCGAGAUGGAGAUUUUGUGUGUUAAUAUAGGUGUAAGAGAAGGUGGAAAGUGAAAGUGAAGCAGCUGGAACUCAUCAUUGACUAAAACCAAAAAAUAAAAGCGCGCAGAUUGCGAUGACGAUGUGAUAUUGAAAA